AUGGGUUAUAUUGAUGAGCUUGCCAGCCAAUAUUCUUCUUCUGCAUCUUCGUGUGGUGUCACAGUGGCCCCGAUUCCAACUCCAACGCCAGUGUUCAUGAGCGAUCAAAAUACUAUUAUUGCCAAUUAUUCGAAAACACAGACAUGCACUGGAUCAUAUGUUCCAAUUCCAACUGGUAGUACCUGCGAUGAUUUUGCUGAAAGCAACUCCGUGGCCACAGAUCAGCUUUUGAGCGUCAAUGGCUUGGCUGGCGGGUGUGCGAACUGGCCUGCGGAUUUCACUGAGCUCUGUGUCCAGAACACAUGCGAGCCAUACUUUGUACAACAGAAUGAUACAUCUCUGGGAGUUGCUUCUUCCUUCAACUUAACUCUGACUCAGCUCCUCUCCUGGAAUUCGGCGAUUGAUCCCGUCUGUGCCAAUUGGGAUAACGAGAAGGGUCACAUUAUUUGUGUCAGCAACCCUGUCGGAUAUGUUGAAGCUGACAUCGGCAGCACCACUACGGUGGAUACAGCUGCUUCUGUUCCGACCAAUAUUGGCCCGGGGUCAAACACCAACUGUGCACAGUGGUUUAAUGUCACCGAGGCAGAUACCAGUUGCGCACAGAUAUCAAUGCAAUUUGGCAUCACACUAAGCGAUUUCAACUUUUUGAAUCCUGAAAUCGAUGCGAACUGCACAAAUCUCUGGCUAGACUCCUCCUACUGUGUACAGGCUGUGGGUGACAUUUCCACUUAUUCUGGAUACGGCGGAACGACAACAACUAGCAUGGCCACAUUCACUGCAGACCCCUCAAUGACUUGGGAUAGUCUUCCUUCAGCCACGAAACCUUCAUAUAAGAAUAUUACCACGACGACCGCUUCCUAUCCCUUAGCUAGUGGCUCGUUGACGGCGUCUUUGUUUGGCGUUGACACAACCAAUUGGGUGCGCUGGAACCCGAGUGUUCUUAAUGGGCAGAACUAUACCAUGACAGGAUGCAAACUCACAAAUGAGACUGAGUACUGUGGCUCAUUCUACAACCAGUCGUCUGUUCCCGCCACCACCUUGCCAUACGUACCCGCUCCGAUUAAUUCGACCGCCAAUGCUACAACUGAGUGCUAUGACUGGUAUGACACUGAAGAUGGUGAGCUAGACUUUCAUCCAACCAAACCGUUAUAUCAAACGCAAACUAAGUUUUCGUGUUCUCAGGCGACACUUGUGACUUUAUUUGCCGUGCCAACAAUAAUACCGGUUUCUGCUCUCUAUGAGUGGAACCCUGCAGUCGGUCCCGAUUGCACCAACCUAUGGAUUCAGGCUUCGUAUUGUGUCCAAGGGCCUGGAUGGGAAGAUGUGGCCUACAACCAAACUUCCAGCGUUACCUCUACAACAGCCACUGGUGGUGCCCCAGGGCCUACACAGACCGGAAUAGUCUCAGGCUGUGAAGAGUGGUACGUUGUCAAGGCAAAUGACACAUGCCCGGGCAUUGCAAAGGAGUAUUCCAUCUCUCAGGCCCAAUUCUACGCCUGGAAUCCAGCAAUUGGAGAGGAUUGCACUGAUCUUGAAAUUGAUGAUGCCUAUUGUGUGAAGGCCCCGACGACCAUCAGCACAACAACAACUUUUUCAGUCGCCAGCCAGACAUCCACCGGGACAAGCAUCACUCCACCAGGUCCUACACAGGCAGAUAUCCCAUCAAACUGCGAUGCAUAUGCCUUAGCCCAGACCGAUGAUGGGUGCCAAACAUUCGCCGACCGCAACAAAAUCACACUUGCGAAUCUAUACAAGUGGAAUCCUGCCCUCAACAAUGCCUGUGAGAACUUUUGGGCAAAGGAGGCCUACUGUAUUGGUGUCUCGUCUUAG